ACGACAUAUUUCGAAAGAGCUUAUUGUCGUUCCGUAUCUUUACGGUCUUGCAUAUCUUGUCAGUUUCUAAGUAAGAGCAACAUUUUGACAUUGAAAGGUCAAGUGGUUCUGCAUUCAGAAGUCUUUUUUCGUAACAUUGCGAGCAGCAAAAAUUUGCAUUCGAUUGCAUGUGAUUGACCGCACAAAUGACACCGCCAACUGUUAAGGAGUUGAACGAUCAGCAGAUUGUGGUGACCAUCAACGGAACACAGUACUAUGUUCCGACCACCUUUUCGGAAGUCUCGUUAAAUGAUUUCCUUCGCUCACAUCUUUUACUGACGGGAACUAAGGUUAUGUGUCGAGAAGGAGGAUGUGGCGUUUGCAUUGUAAAUGUGGCGCACAAAGAUCCAGUUGGAGGGAGUCAGUUUGUUGAACGCUCUGUGAACUCAUGUUUGUGUCCCAUCUUGUCAUGCGAUGGCUGGGAAAUCACUACAGUGGAGGGUAUUGGCAAUCAAAGCAAGCCCCAUCUGAUCCAGAGCCGAUUAACCGAGCACUAUGGCACCCAGUGUGGAUUUUGCACACCGGGAAUGGUCAUGAACAUGUACAGUCUGUUACAAAACGGUAAUCUGCGACAACAAGAUGUGGAAAACUCGUUCGACGGAAACAUCUGUCGCUGCACGGGGUACCGGCCCAUUUUGGAUGCUUUCAAAUCGUUUGCUUCCGCGGAUGCCGGUUCGGGAAUUCCUGAUAUCGAAAAUUCCGAUGCGGUUGUCGCGUUGUGCCGGAAGCUUGGGAAUGCCUGUUCGACUAAUAGCUUCAAAGGUCAUCACUACGUGCGACCUUUGUGCAACGCCGUAAAAGACUUCGCUCCACCAUGGUACGCUCCGACAACGCUCAAAGAGCUGUACGAUCUGCUGCCGCAGGUGACUGGUCAAAAUGUUUACUAUGUCGUUGGGCAUACUGGCAAAGGUGUAUAUGAUGAUGGACCCUACGAUGCAUAUAUCGACCUAAAGAAAAUUCCUGAUCUAUAUGAAAUCAGCUUCACGGAGGAUACAUUUCGUUUUGGAUCCGCCAUACCGUUGAGGGAUGUUAUUGAGACUUACAAAGAACUGUCGGUCAAUGAUGGAUACCAUUAUUUGUCGGAACUAGCCGCGCUACUCAGCAAAACGGCCCAUGUGGCCGUUCGCAACGUUGGCUCAUGGGGUGGGAAUAUAGCCAUGAAAAACCGUCAUAAAGAAUUUCCUUCGGAGACAUUUCUUACAGUGGUUGUUUCCAAUGCCACCAUAUUUACCGGUACUAGACCGGACAACAAAAGCUAUAAAGGCGAAGAUUUCGUAAAUGCUGAUUUAAAAGGAAAAAUCAUCUUGCGGGCAGAACUGCCAGCUUUUGGGAAUGACUAUUACUUCAAAACUUACAAGAUUAUGCCACGAUCUCAGAACGCGCAUGCCAUUGUAAAUGCUGCUUUUCGGGCAAAGAUCGACAAGGCACAAGGAAAUUUUGUAAUUUCCGAGAAACCUUGCAUAUUGUUCGGCAAUAUUGCGACAACCUUUGUUCAUGCUACACAAACGGAAGGUUUUCUUGUGGGGAAGGACAUUGGGGAUGUGAAUGUGUUGCACCAAGCAUUGCAAAUACUGAGCAAAGAGGUCAAUCCGGUCGUGGAUCCAUCGGAAGCUAUGCCGGAAAACAAAAGAUCAAUCUGUCUGUCGCUACUUUACAAGUUUGCUUUGAUGAUUGUGGGUGAUUAUGCUGAUGAACGGUAUCGCAGUGCUAUUGCCAGUUUACGAUUAGAGCGACCGGUAUCCAGCGGGUCGCAAUCGUAUCCUACAAAACCAGGGAAUUGGCCACUGACGCAGCCGAUUCCCAAGAUUGAAUCCAUGAUCCAGUGCACCGGCGAAGCGAAGUUCAUUGCGGACAUUGAACAAGAAGGAAUGCUGCAUGCCGCUUUUGUCCUCACUACGCAGGCUAAUGCUACCAUUUUCCGGAUUGAUGCUGCUCCGGCAUUGGCACUUCCGGGUGUUGUGCGAGUUUUUACGGCAUCCGAUAUUCCCGGUGCGAAUAACAUAUUCCCUCUAAACGACCCCAGCUAUCCGACGACCGCGGAAGAAUUUUUAGCUGUUCGUCAGUCUUUCUAUGCCGGACAGCCGGUUGCCAUCGUCGUGGCAGAAACGAAAGAACUCGCGGAAGCGGGAGCGAAGCUUGUUCGGAUCGAUUACAGCAACGUCCGCGUACCGAUCCUUACCUGUCAAGAUGCGAUUCGACAGAACUCCUUUUAUCCGAGUGCUCCUGCGGUGAUUGUGGGCGAUGCGGAUGCUGCCAUUGCCAAAGCACCGCAUAAAAUUACCGGAGAAAUUCAAAUUGGACACCAGACCCAUUACCACAUGGAAACGAUGGUUUCGGUUGCAUAUCCCACUGAGAAUGGUGUGGACUUGGACGCUGGAACGCAGUGGAUUGACUAUGUACAGGAUGGUGUCGCUAACGUGACAGGCAUACAUAAGCAUAGAAUAAAUGUAACGGUGCGACGGAAUGGCGGUGGGUAUGGUGCAAAAAUCCAUCGCAACAAUCAUAUUUCUUGUGCAUGUGCUAUGGCGGCAGUCAUUUUGAAAAGACCCGUAAAAAUGCAUAUGAGUUUGUGGGACAAUUCACGGCUCGUUGGCAAACGAUUUGCAUAUUAUGGAAAGUACAACGUUGGUUUCGAUGACGAUGGGAAAUUACUGGGUGUAUCCUGUGACGUCUACAUUAAUGUCGGUCAGUGCAUUCAUAAUCACGACUAAACACAAAUUAUCCUCAGAAUUUUUUUGUUUGUUUUUCAGGGAGGUUAUUUCGGUUGUCCUGCAAUUGGUUUUUGGUCGAUUUACGGGGAUAACGUGUACAAAUCGGACAACUGGAAAUUCAAUUUGUUUUUGUGUAAAACAAAUAUACCCUCCAACACAUUCGCUCGUGCACCAGCCAGCACCGAAGCAAUCCAUUUUAUCGAAACCAUGAUGGAACAUGUGGCCUUCGCUUUGAAAAAGCCGGCAAUUGAUGUUAAACGAGCCAAUUUUUACAAAGACGGUGACAAACUAUUGGUUGGAACAACUUUAGAUAAAUGCACAAUUGCUCCGAUCACGUCGCAGCUACUGGAUUCAGCCGAAUAUAACAGCCGUGUGACCGCUGUUGACCAGUUCAAUAAAAGUAAUCGGUGGCGGAAACGAGGUCUGGCCGUCUCGCCGAUUCGGUAUCCCUGCUCGUACGACCUGGGAUACUUUAACUGUCUCGUAGCGGUGUAUCAUACUGGUGGUUACGUAGCGGUAACACACGGUGGUAUCGAGAUUGGCCAAGGAAUUAAUACUAAGGUUGCUCAGGUGGUGGCGUAUGAACUGGGCAUUGAUAUAAAAUAUGUGGAAAUUCAGCCAACCCAAGCCAUAACAAACGCUAACGCCGUCUGCACGGGUGCCUCAAUUACCAGCGAAUUGGCCUGCUUGGCAGCUAUUCAAUGCUGCAACCAAAUAAAGACAAGUAUGCAGGCCACCAGGGAUACCAUGCCGGCGAACUCGAAAUGGGAGGAUGUUGUCGAGAAGGCUUUCUUAGCAGGCGCAAACCUGAGCGCGCAAGCAUGGGCAGCACCAAAAGCCGAAGGUAGAAAGCCUGUGGUGUACAACACGUACGGCACUAUGUGCACUGAAGUGGAGGUUGAUAUUUUGACUGGAGAGUACCAGAUUAAUCGAAUUGACAUUCUGUAUGAUUGCGGGGAAUCGAUGUCGCCACUGGUCGAUGUGGGACAAAUUGAAGGCGCAGUGAUGAUGGGUUUGGGAUAUUAUACUUCGGAAGAAGUGCUGUUCGAUCCAAAAACCGGAGAAAAUCUGACUUAUGGAACAUGGAAGUAUAAACCUCCAACGACGAAGGACAUACCGAUUGAUUUUCGUAUCGCUAUCCUGCAAAAUGCUUCCAACCCGUAUGGCGUUCUGCGCAGUAAAAUUGUGGGAGAACCACCAUUAUGCAUGACAACGUCAGUACUUUUUGCUCUUCGAAACGCCAUCUACGCACAACUGCAGGAAGCCGGAAAAGGAAACACCUGGAUAUCAAUGGAAUCUCCAUUAACGGUGGAAAGAGUGCAGCAGUACGCCCAAACAGAUGUCUCCCAAAUGCGCUACAAGGACUAAUGACCAUAACGAGCUCGCAGCGGCUGUGGACUGCACGGAAAACGCUAAUUUAACAAUAUUCUUUCUGUUUUCUUUGAUGUACUUAAAACGCUUUUCAGGCCGAAUGUGUCAUUUUUAUUAAAUGGAUUUAACUAGUACUGGAACGGCGAAAAACUGCAGUUGAAAACUGCAACUUUUCCGGUUGAGGUUUAUA